AUGGUUUCCGCCUCGAAGGCUGCCCGCAUGGCCAAGCGUGCCGACGAGAAGAAGCCCAAGAAGGCCGCCAAGGUCGAGCUCGAUGCCCACGGAAACCCCAUCGUCGAGGAUGCGCCCGCCACUAAGGAUCAGUCCGCCGUUGAUAAGCUCACAGCCCAGAUGGAUAAGCACGGUCUGUCCGAUCGUGUCACCACCGGUGUGCUGUCAUCUCUGCCCGCCUCUCGCGAUGUUAAGAUCACCUCUUGCUCCCUUGUGUUCCACGGAAAGGUCCUGGUCACCGAUUCCACUCUCGAGUUGACCUUCGGUCGUCGCUACGGUCUCCUCGGUGAGAACGGCUGCGGAAAGUCUACUAUCCUCAAGUCCAUUGCUGCCCGCGAGUACCCCGUUCCCGAGCACAUCGAUAUCUACCUUCUGAACGAGGGUGCACCCCCCACCGACUUCGGUGCCCUUGACUGGGUUGUCCGUGAGGCUGAACGCCAGUUGGAUGAUAUGGAGAAGAAGGCCGAGCAGGUUCUUGAGGACGAGGGUCCUGACAGCCCUAUCCUUGAAGACCUAUAUGACCGCAUGGACAAGAUGGAUCCUUCCACUUUCCACGUUCGUGCUUCCCUCAUUCUGACCGGUCUCGGUUUCAACAAGCACACCAUCAACAAGAAGACCAAGGACAUGUCCGGUGGUUGGCGUAUGCGUGUGGCCCUCGCCAAGGCCCUGUUCGUCAAGCCCUCUUUGCUCUUGCUUGAUGACCCCACUGCCCAUUUGGAUUUGGAGGCUUGCGUGUGGCUGGAGGAGUACCUCAAGAAGUGGGAUCGUACUUUGAUCCUGGUUUCUCACUCCAUGGAUUUCCUGAACGGUGUCUGCACCACCAUGCUCGAUAUGCGUGGCCAGAAGCUCCUCUACUACGGUGGUAACUACGAUUCUUACCACAAGACCCGUAGCGAGCAGGAGACCAACCAGACCAAGGCCUACACCAAGCAGCAGGAAGAAAUCCAGCACAUCAAGAAGUUCAUUGCUUCCGCUGGUACCUACGCUAACUUGGUGCGUCAAGCCAAGUCUCGCCAGAAGAUUCUCGACAAGAUGGAGGCCGAUGGUUUCAUUCAGCCCGUCGUUGCCGACCGUGUCUUCACCUUCCGUUUCGCCGAUGUUGAGAAGCUUCCUCCCCCAGUUCUUUCCUUCGACGAUGUCAGUUUCUCUUACUCCGGUAACUGGGAAGAUACUCUGUACGAGCACCUCGACCUCGGUGUCGACAUGGACUCCCGUACCGCCCUGGUCGGCCCCAACGGUGUCGGCAAGUCUACCCUGCUCCGUCUCAUGACCGGCAAGCUCAGCCCCAUCGGUGGUCGUGUCUCCCGUCACACUCACUUGAAGCUCGGUGUUUACAGCCAGCACUCCUCCGAGCAGCUUGAUCUCACCAAGUCCGCCCUGGAGUUCGUCCGUGACCGCUUCCCCGAGAAGUCCCAGGAUUACCAGUACUGGCGCCAGCAGCUCGGCCGUUACGGUCUGAGUGGUGAGGGCCAGACCGCCCUCAUGGGUACCUUGUCCGAGGGUCAGAAGUCUCGUAUCGUCUUCGCUCUGCUUGCCAUCGAGUCCCCCAACAUGAUUCUUCUUGACGAGCCUACCAACGGUCUCGAUAUCCCCACCAUUGACUCCUUGGCCGAUGCCAUCAACGCCUUCAGCGGUGGUGUCGUCGUUGUCUCUCACGAUUUCCGUCUCCUUGACAAGAUUGCCAAGGACAUCAUGGUCUGUGAGGACAAGACUAUCCGCCGCUGGGAUGGUUCCAUCGGUGACUACAAGAACUACCUCCGUAACAAGAUGGUGUCUGCUGGUGCCGUUUAA